GUCCGCAGAUAAACUCACUAAAGAAAGAAAGAAAGAAAGAGCGCGCGUGUGAUGUGUUUGUGUAUCCUCAGUGUUUUUCUCUUUUGUGUGUUUCAUUGAGUGUAAACAGAGUCUUGUCUCUGUGUAUUUUAGUGUUGAGACGUUGAUGAUGUGCUGUGCUGUAAAUGAGUAGGAACUGAUCUGUCCAUGCUGGAUAUAUUGAUGAUUUCAUCACAGAAAUCUCUUAGCUGAAGAAAGAGGUGGCGUUACUGGAGACAAAGUGGAGGUUAAGAGGAGAUUUAGCAAUGAAACGAGAGGAUGUGGAUUGUUGUGAAUCUUCAGUGUAUGUGACUGAUGAUGGGAGUCUGGAUUCAGUGUGGAUGAGCAGAGAUCAGAGCCGCACACCACAGCCACUGCUGGACUCCGAGCUCAGUCUGACUUUACUCUGUUAUACUGAGUCAAAGCCCACAGACACUCAGGACACUACAGUGUGUGACAGUAAACAGAGCUUACAGGAGGAUCAAACCUCCACAGAGUCUCUGGAUUCUGUCUGUAACGCUGGAGAACAGCAGCAGAUCCUGCAGACCACACUGAAGAUGUGUUCAGUUAAACUCAUCGACUGCACGAACCUCAUGAUGAAGAUUAAAACUGAACCCACAGAAAUCAAAACUGAACCCACAGAAAUAAAAACUGAACCCACAGAAAUAAAAACUGAACACACAGAAGAGGAAGAUCGUACUGAUGAAAAUGAUGAUUUUAUUCCAUCAGAUGUGAAGAGUGAUUCAUGUUUGGAUAUAGAAAUAACGUCCUCAACAUCAAAAGAGCGACUGACAGCACAAACUCUUUCUUGCAUCACCUGUGGAAAGACAUUCAGCUCACAGAGACUUUUAGAGAGACAUGAAAGAAAACACACAGAACAGAAACUCUUCACCAGAUCUGAGAUCAGCUUUACUACCUUACAAGAGAAGAAACUUCAUUCAGAAGACCACAGAGAGAAGAAGAAGAAGAAGAAGCAGUUUCACUGUGAGCAGUGUGGGAGGAUUUGUGUCUCUUCCUAUAAACUAAAUAUUCACAUGAGGACACACAGCGGGGAAAAGCCUUUCAACUGCACUGAAUGUGGAAAAUACUUCAGAACCAAACAAAAUCUUAAAGUUCAUCAGAGAAUUCACACAGGAGAAAAACCUUACGAGUGUCCUCACUGUGAGAAGAGAUUUAGCUGUAAACAUAAACUGAAGAGACAUGUGUGUUCACACACCAAUGAGAGACCGUAUCAGUGCAGUGAAUGUGACAAAACCUUUAGGGAUUCAAGUGGAUUAAAAAAACACCAGAAUAUUCACUUUAAAGAGAAACUCUAUCAGUGUUCACACUGUGAUAAACGGUUCUGUCAUAAAUAUCAGCUGAUAAUCCAUCAGAGAGUUCACACUGGAGAAAAACCUUUCAAAUGCUCUCAGUGUGACAAGACUUUUGAUUAUUUACGUUACUUAAAAGCCCAUCAGAGUGUUCAUACUAGAGAGAAAUCUUAUUACUGUAGUGUCUGUGGAAAGAGCUUCUUUAAAUUAUCUCAAUUAAGAGUUCAUCAAAGUGUUCAUACUGGAGAGAAACCUUAUUACUGUAGUCUCUGUGGGAAGAGUUUUAGUGCAAAGGAUACCUUACUAAAGCACCAGAGAGUUCAUACAGGUGAAAAACCUUUCAAAUGCUCUCAGUGUGACAAGAUGUUUACUUCUUCGUCUAACUUAAAAUCCCAUCAAAGAGUUCAUACAGGUGAAAAACCUUACAAAUGCUCUCAGUGUGACAAGACGUUUGCUCACUCAUGUCAUUUAAAAGUCCAUCAGAGAAGUCAUACUGGAGAGAAACCUUAUCACUGUAGUGUCUGUGAGAAGAGUUUUAAUCGACAUGACAUUUUAGUGACACACCUGAGAAUUCAUACAGGUGUUAAACCUUACAAAUGCUCUCAGUGUGACAAGAUGUUUGCUCAGUCAGCUUCCUUAAAAUCCCAUCAGAGAGUUCAUACUGGACAGAACCUUUAACUCUUUCCCCGCCAGCGUUUAAAAAAAAGUUUCUAGCGCCAGCAUUUUUCAUGAUUUUCACAAAAUUUGAAUGUCUUCCAGAAAACGUACAAUAUAUCAAAUGAAAAAAUAGACCCUCUGCUUUCAAACAAAAAAAGACGUUUCAUCCUACCUUCAUUAGUUAUCUUGUAAUCACCUCUCAAAUUUGGGUAGGUUUAUUGAAAAACACCAAAAAGCUGAGAUAAUUGCAUUUUUGUAUUUUUGAUAGAGAUCCAAUUCAGAGCGAUCCAUAAAACAUACAUGGACAUACAGCUGUUUGUCCUAGGGUAAUACUUCUGAGUUGUAUAAGUUGUGGAAGAUCACCACCUGUUGGAUAAUAGCGGUAUUGCGGAAAGCCGGAAUUACUCGUCAUUGGCAGGGAAGUGUUUUUUCACUACAGCAAUGGUGAACAGACCGUGGAAAACCGGAACGUGAAUAAUAGACUCAGGAGAAGAGCAUCUAAAUUGCUAACAGAGGGGUGUGUGGUGUGAUGCUUUUGGGCUUCCAGGGCCACUUUUAGGCUGUAACUAAACUUGUAUGAAUGCAGGUGAAGGCGGAAAUGUGAUAAACAAACUGGUUGGGUUUAGGGAAAGGGUGGGUUUAGAUGCUCCAACAUAUGUUGAUGAAACCAUUUCUACAUUUACAAAUGUAGAAAAUAAAAUGCAUCUAAUCUGACGUAUAAGGCUAAGAACCUUAAAACGUAACCACAGGUCAUAUAAGCUUUGGCCGCUAAGGGCACUACGUCCCUGUCUGCUGUAUUAUGGUGCAUGCAUAAACAAACUAUUAGAUCGUAAUUUUUGAAGGACAAUCUGCAGCAAACAUACUGUAACAUGUAUAUAUACAGUAGUGUUGUUUUUCAUUUUUUGACACGUUUAUAAUUUUUAUAUAAUCUCUUUUAUAAACUCUUUUGUAAUGUGUCAAACUCAUUUAUUUUAUGUUGUGUGCUAUGUGAUUUUAAGAAUUGGUUUCAAAGUCUUAAUGUCAUGGGACCAUAAUGUCAUUUAUUGUCCAUUAACUUGCCUUGGAUAGGAACACACUGAGAAAGAAAGUGUUCAGAUUAUUCAGUAAAUGCUUUGUUCAUUUUUACAAUGAUUGCGUCUCCUGCCUUCUGCUAUAGGCCUAUAUGCAAGCAUGUCACACUUUCACUGUACAGACACCAUAUAUUGUAUAACGUGUUGUUAUACAUGAAUAAGAUCAUGUUGCUCUGCUACCGCUAGUCUCUUGAGGUCUGAACGGGGCUUUAGAGCUUUAUAUUAAGUGGUGAUUAUUUACAAUGGUCUAAAGCUACUGUUACAGUAGUGCACGGUAAAGAUAAUAAACAUAAAUUUUUUUAGUAGCCCAAGACAUCGCUAUACGUUUGUACAACCUCGUGUUAAAAAUGAUGGUCCAUUCGAAAUAAAUGCACGACUUACCCUGCAUUACCUUAGUACUUCUAAACCGUUUGUUCGUGUAAUGUUGAUGGCUGUAAUUUCGUUGUACUUGUACAAUGACAAAUAAAGCUUCAUUCAUUCAUUCAUUCAACAA